AUGAUCAUGAAAGAGAUUUUCAUCCUUCUGCUGAAUCUGUAUUUGGUCUUCAGUGUCCAAGACAUUCGAGAGAGUAUCCCUAUGAAGAACUUGAGCUGCUACAAUGACUACAACUCACAGGUGACCUGCACAUGGAUGGAGCAUGCAGAAGCUCAUGCCCUCAUUGGUAUGACUCUUCACCAAAGGAAUAAUGUUAUAACGGAGAACAAGGAGAUGCUUUGCAAACGCCAGAUAGAAAAUGACUUACGUGAGGCUCCAGAUAUGUAUGUGCACUGGGUUUGUCGCAACACUACAGACUAUUUUGGAAUAGGGGUAAAUGACAUUUACAGCUUCAAACCUAACAAGGUGCUUCAAGCUGAACUGAAUGUUGAUCUCUUCCAAAAUGUUCAGACUCUCCCACCUCAAAACCUCUCAGUCAGCUUGAUGAGAUCAGGAGACUUCUUGCUGACCUGGAAAGCAGCUGAUGGAAGCCAAGGGCUGGGCAAUGCACUGGAGUAUGAAGUCACUUACAGGCGGGAGUGGGAGUCCUGGGAGAAAGCUGCCUCGCUCUUGCUGUCGAACACCACACGCUGGCAUCUCAGCCGCGAGGACCUUGUCCCAGGGAGCAGCUAUGUUGCCCGUGUGCGAGCCAGACCAGGGCGGGCCAGCGGCUUUUCUGGGCAAUACAGUGAGUGGAGCCUGGAGGCGUCAUGGGAGACCCCUGAAGAUGACCUUCAGCCCAAGAAUCUUCGCUGCCUCUUCAAUGGUGCAGAUCGUCUGACGUGCAGCUGGGAAGUGAAGAAAGCAAUCAUCACCUCUGUCCUCUUUGGCUUGUUCUUCAGGGCCACACCGGCAUCAGUAGAAGAGGAGUGCUCUCCUGUGCAUGAGAAAUUUUUGCUCCAUGUCCCAUAUGUGGUCCAGAGCUGUGAGAUCCCUGUUAGCAACUAUAGCAGUCAGAGCCAGUACCAUGUGUCUGUCCGGACCAAGACAGAGGAGAAAGUGAUUGAAGCCCACAAGAACAGUGAGUUGCUGUGGUGUUUCUUGCUUCUUGUGGUUGUUUCUUGGACAGGACUUGCCUGGCUGGGCAAGUGGAGCUAA